AUGGAGGAAGAGGAGCUAGCACGACGGUGGGAAAACCUGAAAUUAUCCUCGGAGGAGAGCAAAAUUUUCUUGGUCUCUCCUGCUGAUAUGAAAGACAGUGUUUUACGUGGAACUUUCUGUGUGGUUGGAGGGGUUAUGGCAGAUAGGGGGAUUAAUAGUGAAGCCUUUCGGGUGACAAUUUCUCAAGUAUGGAGGUUGGAGGGCUGGGUAAAAUUUAAGGAUAUUGGGGACCUUCGGUUUUUAAUAGAAUUUCAACUCUUAUCUGAUAAGGAGAAAGUCCUUGGAGGGCGUCCAUGGUUCUUUAAUAGAAACUUAGUCUCGCUUCAAGAGAUUGAUGAAACUAUACCUCUAAAUUCAGUGAAAUUUCAGUUUGAACCAUUUUGGGUGCAAUUACAUGGUUUGCCUCUAGCAGCCAUGUCAGAAGAAAUUGGAGAAAAUCUGGCCUCAUCAAUUGGCCAUGUUUUACAUGUUGAAGCUGAUUCGGAUGGUAUGGCAUGGGGUAAAUGUAUGAGGGUCAGAGUAGCCGUGGACUUGUACAAACCUUUAUUACGUGGUAAAUGGGUGCAGUUGGAUGAACAAAAGUAUUGGGUUUCUUUGAAGUAUGAAAGGUUACAAUCUUUUUGUUUUCAUUGUGGGAUUCUAGCUCAUAAACUUAAAGGAUGUCAGGGACAGAAAGGUGUAACCGUGGGUGAUCAAUCAAAAACAUCUCAAUUUGGUCCUUGGCUAAGGGCACAACCAAUGAACACUAAGAUUUUUGAGACCCGUAAAUAUGGUGGUACUAUUGGAGAUUAUUAUCAACAGAGGAGAUAUAAAAAUGAGGCUCCUGGGAAUUUUGAUUAUGAGAACAAUGAGGGAAAAUCUUCUGAGUCAACACCUUUUGUGGCAAAUCCUCCUGUUAGUGAAAUGCAAACUGAUUCUCCAGGUAGCGAUUUCAAAGUGCAAGGUGGGGAAGAAAUCAAAUUUCAGUUCGGCUCAGAGCCGUUGAACUCUGGACAGGUUAGUACCUCUCAACGCAGUACACCUGUUUGUGAAAAGUCCAAAGUAAAAACAGUUUGUUCUGCUCCAAAAUUACCAUUUGCCAAAAAAGGUGCUAAGAAAAAAAGAAUUACAUGGAAACGUAGGGCUAGGGGAGAACACCUUCAUCGAUCAUUGGUUCGGGAGUCUGAAUCAAAGGAAAAAAGAAAAAAGAGGGUAGAUUCUAAUAGUGGGGUUGUUGAACCCGAUAAGAAAAAAAGAGACAUGAAGGGUUUUAAUCUUGACACUGAGUUGGUGGAGGCUGCUGUGCAGCUCCACCAACAACAAUGA